AAGAAACUUGUUGUUUAAACGGUCACCAGGUCAUGAAGCACGGACUUUGGAACCGUAAUCAUUGCACGGCCGUACACGAUGACGAUGCCAUUCACCCUUGUUUUCAGAUAACAACAGACAAGAAACUCAAUGAUGCGAAUGCGACAAAGGGUGGUUUUUCUACUGGUGGCUGUUGUAUUAGUUAUAACCGCUUUUCAGGUGGGCUACUUCGACAAGAAAUGGUCGUUGUUCCAACGAGAGACACUACAAGAUGUUACCGCAGAAUUACGCAAAUUGGGACGUCCUAUUUUAAAAGUGACUUCCACUCAAGUAGUAUUAGACAAUGACGUAGACAAUGAAUGGCUGAAGAUCACUAAAUCUUCGGAAACUCACUCGGUAGAAUUCGAAGAGCUCAUUUCACAGUCAUCGGAUCCGAAUCUAAGAUUUUUCGCCGGGAAGUCACUUCCGCCAUGGCUUUCAAGGACGGAUAUUAUGCGGAUGAAUAUUAUGUCCCAAAACAAGGUUCUCGGCCUAAAACCAAUCCCGUUUCGGGAUAAGAUCACGCGAGUUGUGUACGAUAUCGGCGUUUCAUACCCAGAGCUGAAUAUGUCCAAAAUCAACUGCGACAACCAGUGCGCCGUCGCCAAAACCGUCAACGACACUUACGAGAUAUUCGCCUUCCACCUCGAUCGUGUGCUCGGCGUGAACCGAUCUCUUCCGAUGAUUGCCAGGAACAGAUUCCCGAAGCUAACCGACAACCCAAAUAUUACGAUCCACGAUGGAAAAGUGCGGCCGAUUGUGUGGUUCGAGCCAGGUCUGCUGCAUGGCGGGAAAUACCAAGGAGACCAGAACUCGUGGGACCUCAGCUUCGACCAGUACCUUCGUCUUUUAAAAGCAAGAUGCUGGGACGAGCUAUUCACCAACAUCGACCCUUCCAUAUGCCGUGUACCCUACCGUUUGAUAGAAUGGACUAGAAUGGCAUUAUUCGACUUUCUUCUGCAGAACUAUGACCGAUUAGACAGAUUUUGUUGUGGAUACCAUAACGUGAGUGAAGGCGAACGUUGUUUUCUGGAACAUUAUAAUACGGCAUGUGAUGAGGACCCGGACAAAUUGAUGCUUGUCCAUAUUUUUGGAACUAUUCUCAAUAUAGACCGUCUUGUGUUCAUCGACAACGCUGGGAACCCUGGGAGAAAUAUUGAGCAGCUAAACUACAAACUAUUAGCUGGAAUUGAAAUGUUUCCUGAGCACUGUAUUGCGAUUAUCCGAUCUGGCUUACUACGAAGAAUGCUAAAGCGUUCAUUGUACGUAGACAAGAUAUACUGGGACAGUACAGGGGAGCAGCAAAUAGAUAUGCUAAUAGAAACUAUUGAGAAAAGGGCGGUUAAACUCUUAGAAUUUAUCAAGAAGGAGAACAUAACGACAGUGCCGGACUACUGAGAGGACGAAUAAACCGCAAACAAAAUUGUUUUAUAUUAUAUGAUAUUUGAUUACGCUGUAUCUAUUUACAUCGCAUGGCAACGUAACGAGAUUUGCGCCCUCAGACUACGAGUUGCAAUGACGUAUGGUGCGAGUUUUUUUAUAUAUAUAUUGACAAGUGUGAAUGUUCCGGUAAUAAAUAAUAUGUCUUAUGA